UGAAGUAAAAUGCCAGACAGUUUUGGAUAUUAUAGCUGCCUGUAAAACAUCUAAGGCACCUGGCUUUGAUAAUAUAUCGGCUAGCUUGAUCAAAUUGACGUCCGAAGUGAUUAUCCAUCCACUGACACAUUUAAUAAAUACUUGCAUACGACUUGGUAACAUUCCUAUUGAUUGGAAAUCUGGGCAAUUAACUCCAAUAUUCAAGAAGGGGCAGGAGCAGAAUAAUAUGGAGAAAUCCUGUUAUAGACCUGUGACGGUAUUAGUUAUAUUUGACACCAUAUUCGAAAAAUGUCUAUAUCAACAAUUAUAUGAAUGGUUUGAGGAACAACUGGUCCGUAAUCAAUCGGCUUUUCGUAAACACCAUGGAUGUGAUACGUCGUUACUUAAUCUAAUAGAAAAUUGGAAGUUUAAUCUUGAUUAG